AGGAGGGAAUAUCGGAUCUCGGUGGGUGCGAGCGAGAGAUCCAACCGAACAUGUUCGGAGCAAACCGAAUGCUCAAACUCAGCGGCGUCGGGGGAUUAAAAAUAUCUUAUUUUCGAUAUUUUGUGCAAAAUUCAUACAACGAUAUCACUUCCAGAGAAAGAAUAUCGAUAUAUUGAUAUUUUGAUGAAUUAUCAACAACCCUAGUGAGAACUCUCAGCGGCGUCGGUGGAUUAAAAAUUGUUCGGUUCUCUUUCUCGCUUUUUGUUGUUUGCGCGUGUGAUUUCACUGAAAAUAAUAGAAUAAAAGUGUACUGAGAACCGAGGGCGCAGUGGAAAUGCUGAAAAUGGCAAAUGCUGCGACGCCGCAGCAGCAAACGAUGAAAAAAAUAAACAACGAAGAGGAUACCGAGGAGUCCGAAAUCGACAUGGACGAGGAAGAGGAGGAAGAGGAGGAGGAGGACGACGAGGACGAUCUUCCCGAUGACGAUGUCGGUCUGCAAAUAGACAGCGAGGACGAGGCGGAGCUGGAGGCCCAGCGCAUACGCUUGGACGAGGCAGCAAAAACAGCGAAAACAGCAACAAAGACGGAGAAGCUCGAAAAGGAAGAAGCAGCAGACGCAGAGGCAGCAGCAGUAGCAGUAGCAGAAGCAGCAGCCGCUUCUGUAGCAAAGGUGGUGGUAACAACAAAGUCGCAGGUCAGUAACGGGAAAGAUAAAGAGAAGGCAAAGCCAAAGCCGGCUGAAAACAAAGUGAAGAAACCUCGUGGCAGGCCAACUGGGACAAGCAAACCGAGGGUAAAUGGACGCAGUGCAUCCAUCAGUUCCCUUGCCUCCAGUUCCUCCCUGGGCUCCCAGGAGUCGGCUGCCAGUGCGGCUGCUUUGGUGGCCGCCCAGGUCCUGGCGGAUGAAAAGUCCCAUCAGUUCAUCUACAGCUGCUCGGACUGCAGCCACCACUACGCCGACAGCCUGAUCCUCGCCAAACACUUCCAGAAAAUGCAUUCAAAGCCGAAAUCCAAGCGGAAGCGCGGCAAGACCAAGGCUUCCACCCCCGACGCCGAGGAUACUCCGCCCCUGAACCAGAGCCUGCUGGACUUGAACAGUCUGAAGCCCUGUGCCCAGCUGCUCAUGCAGGGCGAGUCCCUGCUGCAGUUGUGCCUCGCCUGCAACUCCCAGUUCGUCGAGACGAAGCACUUCCGGGAGCACCUGAGCCAGCAGCAUGGUUACUUUAAGCUCCUCGUGCCCAAGGAAGAGCCCACCGAACUGCCGCCCCUGGCCAUGGUCACCAUUCCCAGCGAAUUGGCGGCGGCCAAGUCGAGUGGCCAGCAGUUUCAGCUACCGAUUCCUGCCCCCGAGACACCGCCACCCGAGCAGGAUGUCAAGGAGACAACAGCACCGGCUAUCGAGUCCAACGACAAGGAAGAUCUCGACAUGAUUAGCGCCAUGGUGGCCGAAAUAGCGGCCGAGCGGGUUAAGAAAACCAGCAGUCCGAAGGUCAGCAAGAUGAUCAUCAAGCUGCCGACAGUGCACAAGAGGGCCAGGAAGCGGUCGAAGCCAGAAAAGAAGCGCGAAAAGAAGGCCGCGAGCGAGGAAGAGAAGCCAGCGAUGCAGGAGGACUUGCCAACCGAGGAGAUGUCGCCUGCCAGUAAGAAACUGCAUCAGGAGAAAGAGGAGGUGCCGCUUCUGGAGCAGCCACAGCCGGCUACCGAGAAGGAGCCGGAAGAUAAGCAAAAAGAGGAGGACAAGGUUCAAUCGAAUAAGGAAGAAGCUGCUCCACAGCUUCCGGAAGUAACAGAGGAAGUCAAAUCGAAAACGACCAGCUCUGGAAAGGAAAAGCCACCGCAGGAGAAAGUUGCAAAGGAACCAAAACAGAGAAAAUCGGAGAAAGCACAAAAACAAUCACAGAAAGCUUCAAAGGAUCAAAAACUGGCGGAAAAGUCCUCAAAGUCAAAGCAGCCAGAGUCUCCAAAGGAGCCAACCAACGCAACACAGGAACCAUCCAUCCCACCUAAGCGCAAACGCUCUCGCAAGGAGCCAAAACAACCAACGCCCAUCCCGAUUCCAGAAAAAGAAAUCAAAAAGGAGGCAACAGAGACGACCGAACGACGAAAGCGAAAAUCACGCAGUUAUUCGGCCGAAAUCAAAGACGAGGAGGAGGACCACGACGAGGAGGGACUGGACGAUGACUCCUCCGCCACCGUUUCGCCCCACAACAGUUCAUCGGACGACAGUUUCGUCUCGAUCAAGCGUGAGUCAUCCGAGGAGUCGCAGCGUAACGAGAACGGAGUCAUUCAUACGUGUAACUUCUGCGGCAAAACCUUCAAGCGUUUCUCCAGGAUGCAGGAUCACUUGCGUCUCCACACCGGCGAGAAACCGUACGCUUGUGGCAUAUGCGGCAGGGCCUUUCGCCUGAAGAUGCGUCUCUCGGAGCACCAACUGCGUCACCGCACUGAGAAGGCAUACAAAUGUGAGGAGUGCUCGAUGCCGCUGGCCACAAAGCAAGAUUUGUCCCUCCAUAUGCGUCACCACAAGAACGACCGGCGCUACAAGUGCGAUAAGUGCGACAAAGGAUUCGUUCGCAGCUCCGACUUGUCCAUUCACGUGCGGAUCCAUACGGGCGAGAAGCCCUACGCCUGCGAUAUCUGCGGCAAGGCGUUCCGGGCUCGACAGAAUCUGGUUGUCCACCGACGCACCCAUCUCGGCGACAAACCCAUUCAGUGCGAGCUCUGCGACAAAAGAUUCGCGAGAAAAAUCGACAUGCGGGUCCAUAUGCGUAGACAUACAGGUGAGAAACCCUACAGCUGUGAUGCCUGUACUCGGGGCUACUCGUCCAGAGUGAAUCUCAUCCGCCAUCAAGAGCGAGAGCACGGAAAAAUUGUGGAGAAUAAACCGGGAGAAGACCACUCCGACUCUGAUCCGGAAAUCAAGCCCAAAGCCAAAUCAGCUGCUAAGCGACCGAGACGGGAGAAGCCGAGACAGAAGGCCACAGAUGUCCAGGAGAAACGGCUGGAAGCCCUGCCGGAAGAUAUUCGAGAGGAGUCGCCGCCGGCCAAAGUGGCUGUGGUGGAGCUGCCGGCGGAUGCUGGAGCCGGUCAUGCCCAGGUGCAGGUUACGCUGUCGAUGCAGGUGGAGCGGGCACCCAACCCGGACGACGAUGAGGGGAUCACGCCGGAGAAGGAGAACGCCCUGUCUAGCGCCGCGAGUGGAGUGGAGGGAAGUGGCAAGAGCAAGACCAAUCGCAAGAUCACCAGCUACUUCACAGUCGUGGGCCAGCAGGCGGAAAUCUAAAGACUUAAGUUCAGGAUCAACCAACUUCUUACUCAUUACCUUUUAAGAUGCCACUGUACUUUGAAAUGAUGGACACAUUUCGCCUCGCAAUUUAAUAUUUCAAUUUUGCAAUGCAAUCUUGCAGCAGGGAUCAAGUAUUCUUUAUAAACUAUAUAUAUACGCGUAUUUAUCGAAAAUAAUGGAGUGAGCUUAUGGAUCGGUCGUCGGUUCUGCGGAUGAAGACCGCAGUCGCAGCCGCAGCCGCAGCCGCAGAAAUAUAAAAUGUUGUGAAGGACCAUCCAUUAACCAAGAACAAGAAAAGACUACUUUUUAAAAGAUAAAAGAUAUUUGAUAUUCAAAAAUAAGCAAGAGACUGCAAAGAAUUUUAUACCAUAAAUAUAAAUAUUUUUCCCCCUAUAUAGACAGAGCAACUUGUGUGAACAAAAUAAGUAUAACUAUGUAAAAAUAAAAAAUACCAAUAAACUAGUUAGUAAGAAGUCAGUUCGAGGGAAAUGUUUGCAAGCGAUGAGAAAGACUAAUUGUUGACUAAUUGAGAUAUCGUGAAAUUCAAUUCCACAGCUCAAAUUUCCUGUACACUUUACUGAAGUUUCCCAUUUGAAUGAAUAAUCCAACGUCAACAAAUAGUAAACUAAUACCGCUGUGUCGUCGAGCUUCGAUUUCAGAAAAAUAUCAGAAUUGUAAACAAAUUUCCAAAUAAUUCAAUUUCAAUUUAUUGCAAACAUUUCCUCACCCGCAUUCCCCCCGCAUUUAAUCUAUGAGAGAAUAUGUCUUCUCGAUUUCAUUUAAUUUAUAGCAUGUAUUGCAAGUCAUUUAAUAUGCAAUUUUUAUGAAAUUUCCAGCAUAUACUCAAAUUCCAAAUCAAUAUAAUUUAGUUUCAAUAAUUUUAAUAUUUAGUUUCUAAGAAAAUGAAUAGCUUUCAUGAGAAAGAUGUUCAAUACUUUCAUAACUAUCUCACAACUCUUACAUAUAUUUAUUUUGUAAACAUUUACUUUAUACAUUAUAGUAUUUACUUAAAUUCUCGAAAUGUAAUCACAUAAGGACAAUGCAUAAGGACGAAAAGUCAGCGACGUUUUCUUCUCUAAGCUCUGUAAUUCGGGCGUACUUUUUGUAUAUUGCAUUUUUUUGGCAGCUGUUCUCAUUCUAUAGUUUCUAAGCGAAUCCUAUGAAUAUAUGGUAUUUCAUAAUUUAA